AUGGAAUCUGAUAAUGCUGAAUUUUUUGAGAAUAUUUAUCCGUAUAAAAUAGAAUGUGAGUCAUCUGGUGAAAGACCUAAACGACCUCGGGAAGAAACAAAGGAAAAUAUGCCUAACGAAGAGAAUCCAAGACGUAGCAAACGUCAAAGAACAUCGACUUACUUUGGUCCAGAUUUUUUGACAUUCUUAGUAGAGAAUGAGCCUCAAACUUUCAAGGAAGCAAUGUCUUCCUCGGAAGCACAAUAUUGGAAAGAGAAUCAAGGUCAAAGCAAAUCCCAGUUGGACUAUGCUCGAGUGUUGGGAAGUUUGAUGUAUAUAAUGAAUUGUACACGACCAGAUAUAGCUUGUGCAAUAAGUAAACUGAGUCGUUACACAAGUAAUCCUGACCAAACUCAUUGGAUGGCAGUGAAACUAGUUUUGGGGUACUUACAAUACACUCAAGACUAUGCUUUGCACUAUAAUAAAUAUCCUGCGGUAGUUGAAGGAUAUAGUGAUGCAAAUUGGAUCACCGGUUCAUCUGAAGUUAAAUCCACAAGUGGAUAUGUUUUCACCAUUGAAGGAGGAGCAGUAUCUUGA